AUGAAAUUCCAAAUCUUGAUUUUAUCAUUCUUGGUUACAUGCCUUUUAGCAUGGUCUCCUACCGAUUCUUAUGCCCCAGGGAAACUCACUUGUCCAAAUAAUAAGGAUUUAAUAAGAGAAGCAGAUUCACUUUCUCAGGAUGAAAAAGAUUGGAUUAAUGGCCGUAAUAAGGUCACUGAUAAAAAUUUGAUAAGCUUUUUAGAAUGGGCUAAGAUGGAUGAUUUCAAUGCUACUGAUUUCAUCAACAAUAAAGCCAACAGAUCGAUUCACGUUGGUCUUUCUUUUAGUGGGGGUGGUUAUAGAGCGAUGUUGGCGGGUGCCGGUGCCUUGAGUGCUUUAGACAAUAGAACCAAAGGAGCCAGUAAAUCUGGAUUAGGUGGAUUAUUACAAGCAUCCACUUAUCUUACUGGGUUAUCAGGCGGUAAUUGGUUAACAGGUACCAUCUCAAUGAAUAAUUUUACUUCAGUUCAAAAAAUUUUGGAUGAUGGUAAAAUUUGGGAUCUUGAACAUUCAAUAAUGAAUGUUGGUGGUUGGAAUGCUUAUAAAACCUAUAAAUAUUAUAAAGCAUUGUAUGAUGAUAUUCAUGAUAAAGAAGAUGCAGGAUAUGAAGUUUCAAUUACUGAUACUUGGGGUAGAGCUUUAUCUCAUCAAUUUUUCGCUCAAACUGAAAAUUAUGGUUCUGCUCUUUGUUGGUCUGAUUUACAAAAUUAUGAUCAAUUUAAAAAUCAUGAAAUGCCUUUCCCAAUCUCAGUAGCCGAUGGCAGAGUUCCUGGAACUAGUAUUAUAAGUGGUAAUUCAACUGUUUUUGAAAUGAAUCCUUUUGAGUUUGGUUCUUGGGAUCCUAGUUUGAAUCAAUUCACUCAAACUAAAUAUCUAGGUACCACAGUUAAAGAUGGUGAAAAUAAUGGUACUUGUAUUGGUGGAUUUGAUAAUGCUGGUUUUAUCAUGGGUACCUCUUCAUCUCUUUUUAAUCAAUUUAUUUUACAAAUUAAUACCACCUCAUUAAGUUCAACCAUUAAAAGUCUUGUUCAUUCCAUUUUACAAGAUGUUUCAAAUGAUGAUGAUGAUAUUGCUGUUUAUAAACCUAAUCCUUUUUAUAAAAGUGACCUUGGUGAAUCUGUUCAUACCAUAAAUAACGAUACCCUUUAUUUAUGUGACGGUGGUGAAGAUUUACAAAAUGUUCCUCUUUAUCCUUUACUUCAAAGAGAUCGUCAAGUAGAUGUCAUUUUUGCUUAUGAUAAUUCAGCUGAUACUGAUGAAUCUUGGCCAAAUGGUACUUCAUUAGUUGCUUCUUAUGAACGUCAAUUCUUGAAUGAAGGUAAUGGUACUUUAUUCCCUUAUGUGCCAGAUCAAAGAACUUUUCGUAAUUUAAAUUUGACAGCUAAACCAGCCUUCUUUGGUUGUGAAGCUAAAAAUUUAACAAGUUUAUUGAAAAGAACUAAUCAAUCAAAUUCCGAUACUUCAAUUAUUUAUGAUACCCCUCUCAUUGUUUAUAAUGCUAAUAGACCUUUCACUUACUGGUCUAAUACCUCAACUUUCAAAAUGAGUUAUGAUGAAAAAGAAAAAAGAGGUAUGAUUAAGAAUGGGUUUGAAGUUGCUUCAAGAUUAAAUCAAUCCUUAGAUAAAGAUUGGCCUGCUUGUGUUGGUUGUGCCAUCAUUAGAAGAGAACAAGAAAGACAAGGUAUUGAACAAUCUGAUCAAUGUAAAAAAUGCUUUGAUAAAUACUGUUGGGAUGGUACAAUCGAUGAUUCUACUCCAGGCAUUAACUUCACUACUAGUGGUACCACCAAUGGUAAUGAAGAUAACGGUAAUAGAACCGUUUCUGCUGCUAUGUCUUUGGUCUUACGCGGUAACAAUGCAUAUGAAUUAAUGAAAUUGACUGGUUAUGCAAUGUUAGCUUCCAUCAUCUUCUGCGUAUCAUUCUAG